ACUCACUGGCUGCACGAUGUGCAGAGGAGGAGCUGCAGCCACAGGCCCGAGAGGAAACUUCCCUGUCAGUUGAGAGUGUGACAGCAGCGUGAGGUGCAGCUCGUGGUCUCGGAGCAUCGUUUGCAAACAAAUAAAAAACCCACCAGAGUAAAUAUCUCCCGUGGACUCUCGUCGUUUUCACCAACUUUUUUGCGGAGUUUGGGAUUUCACCUCUGCGUCUGAAAGAGACACUUGGACACAAUGGAUGUGUUUGCAAUUGGAGAACUUUGGAGAUUAUUGGAAAGUGUCACUGCCUCGGACGCAAGAGGAGAGUUCCGGCUCGGUGGGAGACAGUGAGAGACUUUCCCCGCAGGCAUGGACAGCACGAAAUUCCAGCCGCCCACCAUCCCAGUGAUCAUGUUCAUUUUCGGGGUGGUGGGGAACGUCAUCGCAAUCGUGGUUCUGCGGAUAUCCCGCAAGGAGCAAAAGGAGACGACCUUCUACACGCUCGUGUGCGGCCUGGCGGUGACGGACCUCCUGGGCACCCUGCUGGCCAGCCCGGUCACCAUCGCCACCUACGUGAAGGGCAGCUGGCCCGGGGGCGAGCCGCUGUGCCAGUACUCCGGCUUCAUCCUGCUCUUCUUCUUCUUGGUGCAGCUCAGCAUCGUGUUCGCGAUGUCAGUGGAGAGAUACCUGGCGAUCAACCACGCGUAUUUCUACAACGAGUACGUGAACCAGAAAGUCGCCGCGCUGACUCUUCUGGCCGUUUACAUCUCCAACCUGGUGUUCUGCGCGCUGCCCAGCCUGGGGCUCGGCCAGGUGAAGCUCCAGAAGCCGGGGACGUGGUGCUUCAUCGACUGGCAGAACAACCAAACCACGGUGGCCGCUUUCAAUCUCAUGUACGCAGGUGUGAACUCGGCCAUCGUGCUGGCCACCGUCAUAUGCAACGUGAUGGUGUGCGGGGCGCUCAUCCUGAUGCACAAGCGGUUCAUCCGCCGCACGUCCUUGGGCACGGACCAGCGGCGCAUCGCGGAGUUCCGGCGCCGACGGAGUUUCGGACGACUGGCUGGAGCAGAGAUCCAGAUGGUGAUCCUGCUCAUAGCCACCUCCGCGGUGGUUCUCAUCUGCUCCAUACCUUUAGUCUUGAGGAUCUUUGAGAACCAGCUGUACGGAGACCAGAAAGAGCAGCCGUCUGGACUCAAUAAAGACCUGCUGGCCAUCCGCAUGGCCUCUGUCAACCCCAUCUUAGACCCUUGGAUCUACAUCCUGCUCAGAAAGACAGUGGUCCUCAAGCUAAUGGAGAAAAUUAAGUGCCUGUUCUGCAAAAUGGGCGGAAGGGGGCGAAGGGACGGCCGUCAGUUCCGCUGCACCAAUGGCCCCCUCUCCUCCUCCAUCAUCUCCCGGGACUCGCCGUCGCUGUGUUCGCACGAGCUGCGGGAAAUGGCGAGCACCUCACAGACUUUCCUGUACCAGCCUGAGGGGAACAGCGGGAGGUCCGGGUCGUCUCAACAGGGGCCACAGGCCGGCUCCAGUGCACCAGUGGUGCAGACACUGACAUUACCGGACCCCCAGGAGGUUGAGGGGCCACAGAGGGAGCUUUCACCGGGUGAUUUACAGGACACAGCACCGGGCGGGCCACUGAAAGAGGUGCCAGUGUGCGCCAAGGACCCGGCUCUGCACGUGACCUUCACAGACGAGACCGCAAACACACAGGAGAAAUGCAUAUAGUGGUCAGCAUUAGCUCAACAAACAUUCACCACUGUAAUAGGACUGUCUAUGGACAGAGGACACGGACUAACAAGAGCACCGCAAAGACACGAUCGGAAAGGAAAAGCCUCUGAAGACUGAAUCCAUCGAUCUGUAGAUAUCUUAUCUGCUAGAUAAAAUGACAGACGUGUAACUUACCUAAACACCCAUUAUCAAUGUAUUACUCCUCGGGCGUAGAUCACCACAAACACCACAUAACUCAAUACACUUCAGCACAGUCUGAACAGCUAUAUCAACACACCCAUAGAGAACAACAUGACACCGUAGAGGAGCUCUUCUGUUGCACUUUUGAAUUCUGAAUCCACUGCGAGGGCUGUUCGUAAUUUCAGUUACGUAGCAUUCUGACAACCUGCACAGUGACUGUAAAGAAUUAAUGCUAAAAUGUGAUGAUGUUUAUUUAUUCUGAGUAUGAAAUGAUACUUUUAUUGUCUUCUCUGUGAGAAGGUCCAGAUAGUUUGGAGUCACUUUAAAUUGGUACAAGAUGGACAUGUUCAAAGUUUUUUAUUUUUUUUUUCUUCUUCUUUUUCUUUUCUGUAGGAACAUUUGCAAAAAAUUGGGUCAUACUGGUUGACAGAGCAGCUCAAACAUCAAAGCUCCACUCGUACCAGCCCUUGUGUUUCAAAACAAAAAGGCAGCUAUACUGUGGAUUUUCCACAGCUCAGAUACUGGAGGACGUGUUAAUAUUCAAUUGUUUUUUUUUUUACUUCAAUCACCAUUUACACUUUGAGGAUUAUGUCGGCGUAAUCUCAUUUACCCUUAAUGUGACGUACAAUGCCUCUCAUCUAAUCAGUUUAUACUGCAACGUUAUUGAGAACAGAAGACACCGAGCUUCCUUAUUGGUUUUUCUAUUUCUUCAAAUGUAUUCAAGGUUUCACACAAAACUGAUGCUAUUGUUGCCAUAACAUAAAUAUCAAAACAUUUCCAGAUUUCAAAGUUAAACUUAUUUUUUUCUUACAUCAAAUUUAACAUGGCAUGUUAAUUGUUUUCUGAACAAACCAAUGUUGUACCAAACUCAAAUAAAUUGAAAUUUAAGUUGCUAAUUA